AUGAGGGAAGAAAACCAAUCCUCUACCCUGGAAUUUAUUCUCCUGGGAGUUACAGAUCAGCAGAAGCAGGAAGAUUUCUUCUUCAUCCUUUUCCUGUUCAUUUACCCCAUCACAUUGACUGGAAACCUGCUCAUCAUCUUGGCUAUUCUUUCUGACAUUCGCCUUCACAACCCUAUGUAUUUUUUCCUUGCCAACCUCUCUUUAGUUGACAUCUUCUUCUCAUCUGUAACCAUCCCUAAGAUGCUGGUCAACCAUCUCUUGGGCAGCAAAUCCAUCUCCUUUGGGGGAUGCCUAACACAGAUGUAUUUCAUGAUAGCCUUGGGUAACACAGACAGCUAUAUUCUGGCUGCCAUGGCAUAUGAUCGUGCUGUGGCCAUCAGCCGCCCACUUCACUACACAACAAUUGUGAGUCCGAAGACUUGUGUUCUGUUAGUUGUUGGAUCUUGGGUGGUUGGGAAUGCCAAUUCCCUGCCCCACACUCUGCUUACAGCUAGUCUAUCUUUCUGUGGCAACCAGGUGGUGGCCAACUUCUACUGUGACAUUACCCCUUUGCUCAAGCUGUCCUGUUCUGACAUCCACUUUAAUGUGAAGAUGAUGUAUCUAGGGGUUGGUGUUUUCUCUAUUCCCUUAUUGUUCAUCAUUAUCUCUUAUAUUCGUGUCUUUUCCACAGUCUUGCAGGUUCCAUCCACUAAGGGUGUUCUCAAAGCUUUCUCCACCUGUGGUUCUCACCUCACAGUUGUUUCAUUGUAUUAUGGGACAGUCAUGGGCAUGUAUUUCCGCCCUCUGACCAGUUACAGCCUAAAAGAUGCAGUGCUAACUGUGAUGUACAUGGCAGUGACCCCAAUGUUAAAUCCUUUCAUUUAUAGUCUCAGAAAUCAGGACAUGAAGGCUGCCCUGAGGAAACUCUUCAGCAAGAGAAUCUCCACAUAA